AUGCCUAACACACUUACUGAAUUGAAUAUUGAAGGCAAUGGAAUAGGCGAUGAAGGAGUACAAUAUCUAGCAUAUGCAUUAGAAAAUAAUAUGACAUUAACAACGUUGAAUCUUGGACGAAAUGCAAUCAGUGCUGAAGGAACACAGUUUAUUGCGAAUGCAUUAGCAAAUAACAUAACACUUACUACACUUAAUCUAGGAGGCAAUCAACUCGGUGAUGAUGGGACAGAAUUACUAACAACUGCAUUACAAUAUAAUAAUGUUAGAUGA